UUUAACAUUUUUAUCAAUAACUUAAUGAAAAAGAGGUGCUCUCUUACUAUAUAAACCAGGAAUCAUAAAGAUAUAAUAAAACAUUUGAGCGAUUUUAUCUCCCUGGUGAGCAGUGGACCUUAACAGAUUGAUUUGGUUUAUCAGUUCCUCUUCUGGGGUUGCAUUAUUGGAGUUGUGAAGACAUGAAAGAAUCAGAAGAAAGAAUCUGCAACACUUUGAAUAUAGAACAGAAGAUAAAGUUGAAAGAAUGUGGCAUAUAAAGUGGGGUAAUACCUGGAAAUAUUAAUUAGUUGAAAAUUAUCAAAAUAAGACUUUUUCAGCAAAUACAGAAUUUAUUAGGCUUCAAGUUUUUGAGACAUGCUGUUGAAUUAGAAACUUUACUUCCUUCCAACCCUUUUGAGGAAAUAUGAUUUUCCUAAUUUGGAAGCACUCAUUUUUACGUAUGUAGCCUAUCCUUAGGAAUACAUACAUGGGAAGUUAAAAAGUCAGCUAUUUAAUGUAGAUUAUAAUGGGCAACUGACUUAACAAUGGCAGAUUUCACGGACUUGUUUCCAAACUGAGCUAAAGCUUCCCAAUGCACUUUGUACAGACUGCAAAAAACUGUACUGAAUUGGCCUAUUCUUGAAGGUCAUGAUGCCAUGUAAUAUAAGGAUAUCAUCUUACUGUUGAUAUCUCUGAGGAGUCCCAAGCAGACACAGAAAAUGAAUGGAGGAAAGGAGUAUGAUGGAGGGGACAAGGAUGGAGGCCUGCCAGUACAAGUUCCCGUGGGCUGGCAACGUCGGGUGGAUCAAAAUGGAGUGCUUUACAUUAGUCCCAGUGGGUCUUUGUUAUCUUGCUUGGAGCAGGUUAAAACAUACCUGCUUACUGAUGGAACAUGCAAGUGUGGCUUGGAAUGUCCUCUUAUUCUUCCCAAGGUAUUUAAUUUUGAUCCUGGAGCUGCUGUGAAACAGAGAACUGCAGAAGAUGUUAAAGCAGAUGAAGAUGUCACAAAGCUAUGCAUACAUAAAAGGAAAAUCAUUGCAGUGGCAGCGCUGCAUAAGAGCAUGGAAGCCCCUCAUCCUUCCCUAGUCCUUACCAGUCCUGGAGGAGGAACAAGUGCAACUCCAAUAGUAACUUCACGGGCAGCAACUCCAAGAUCAAUGAGAACUAAAUCACAUGAAGGAAUUACAAAUUCUGUAAUGCCAGAGUGUAAGAAUCCUUUCAAGUUAAUGAUUGGAGCAUCAAAUACCAUGGGAAGGCUUUAUGUUCAAGAGCUGACUGGAAGCCAACAGCAAGAACUUCAUUCUGUCUAUCCUAGGCAGAGAUUGGGCAGCAGUGAACAUGGGCAGAAAUCUCCAUAUCGUGGGAGUCAUGGUGGACUUCCUAGUCCAGCUUCAUCAGGAUCCCAGAUAUAUGGAGAUGGCUCAAUCUCUCCUAGGACUGACCCACUUGGAAGCCCUGAUGUUUUCACAAGGAGUAAUACUGGUUUUCAUGGAGCUCCUAACUCUAGUCCUAUUCACAUGAAUAGGACUCCUCUUUCUCCACCCUCAGUAAUGCUACAUGGUUCUCCCGUACAGUCAUCCUGUGCAAUGGCUGGAAGGACUAAUAUACCUCUUUCCCCAACCUUGACUACAAAGAGUCCAGUAAUGAAAAAACCAAUGUGUAAUUUUUCAGCUAAUAUGGAAAUACCACGAGCAAUGUUCCACCACAAACCACCCCAAGGCCCACCUCCCCCUCCACCACCUUCUUGUGCUCUUCAGAAAAAGCCAUUAACAUCAGAAAAAGAUCCACUUGGCAUUCUUGACCCUAUUCCUAGUAAACCGGUAAAUCAGAACCCUAUUCUCAUUAAUCCUACCAAUUUCCAUUCAAAUGUCCACUCUCAGGUACCUGUGAUGAAUGUAAGCAUGCCUCCUGCUGUUGUUCCUUUGCCAAGUAAUCUCCCAUUGCCAACUGUUAAACCUGGUCACAUGAACCAUGGAAGUCAUGUUCAAAGAGUUCAGCAUUCAGCUUCAACCUCCCUGUCUCCUUCGCCAGUGACAUCCCCAGUGCAUAUGGUGGGAACCGGAAUUGGAAGGAUUGAGGCAUCACCCCAAAGAUCACGUUCAUCUUCCACAUCAUCAGAUCAUGGGAAUUUCAUGAUGCCACCAGUAGGACCUCAGUCUACUUGUAGUGGUAUUAAAGUUCCACCCCGGUCACCACGGUCAACAAUAGGGUCCCCACGACCAUCAAUGCCAUCAAGCCCUUCCACCAAGCCUGAUGGACUUCAUCAGUACAAGGACAUCCCCAACCCAUUAAUUGCUGGAAUGAGUAAUGUACUAAAUGCUCCAAGCAAUGCAGCGUUUCCUACUGCAUCUGCUGGAAGUGGACCUUUAAAGAGUCAGCCUGGUUUGCUGGGAAUGCCUUUAAAUCAGAUUUUGAACCAGCACAAUGCUGCCUCCUUUCCAGCAAGUAGUUUACUCUCAGCAGCAGCCAAAGCACAGCUAGCAAAUCAAAACAAACUUGCUGGUAACAACAGCAGCAGCAGUAGCAAUUCUGGAGCUGUUGCCAAUAGCGGCAACACUGAAGGACAUAGCACUUUAAAUACCAUGUUCCCUCCUACUGCCAACAUGCUUCUACCAACAAGUGAAGGGCAAAGUGGCCGAGCAGCACUAAGAGAUAAACUGAUGUCUCAGCAGAAGGAAUCUAUGAGGAAAAGGAAGCAGCCAACUACUACUGUGUUGAGUUUGCUUCGACAGUCUCAUGUGGAUAGUCCUGCAAUUCCUAAACCUGCUCCUGACUUGAUAAGGAAGCAAAGUCAAGGUUCAUUUCCCAUCAAUUCCAUGUCUCAGUUACUACAAUCCAUGAGUUGUCAAAGCUCACACAUGAGCAGCAAUAGUUCCACUGGUUGUGGGAGCUCCAAUCCUGCUUUGCCUUGCUCUGCUAACCAGCUGCAUUUCACAGACACCAGUAUAAACUCCAGUGUUCUUCAGAAUUCAUUGACACAGAACUUACCUUUAAGAGGGGAAACCAUGCACUGCCAGAAUGCAAACACCAACUUCAUCCAUGGUAGCAGCCCAGGGCCAAACCACCAUCUUGCAGGCUUAAUAAAUCAAAUUCAGGCUAGUGGGAAUUGUGGAAUGCUCAGUCAGCCAGGCAUGGCUUUAGGAAAUUCAUUACACCCAAACCCACCUCAGUCAAGAAUUUCAGCAUCAUCCACUCCAAUGAUACCAAACAGCAUUGUUAGCAGCUGUAAUCAAACAAGUUCUGAUGCAGGAGGUUCAGGACCAUCAUCAUCCAUAGCCAUAGCUGGCACCAACCAACCUGCCAUCACAAAGACAACAUCUGUUCUUCAAGAUGGUGUUAUAGUUACCACUGCCGCAGGAAACCCACUGCAGAGUCAGCUGCCCAUUGGGAGUGAUUUUCCUUUUGUUGGCCAGGAGCAUGCACUUCAUUUUCCACAAAACAGCCCUUCGAACAACAAUCUUCCGCACCCUUUGAACCCCAGCCUCCUCAGUUCUCUACCUAUCUCUCUUCCAGUGAAUCAACAGCAUCUUCUAAACCAGAAUCUAUUAAAUAUCCUGCAGCCUUCAGCAGGAGAAGGCAAGUCUGAGGUCAACCUCAACCCUUUAGGUUUUCUCAACCCGAAUGUAAACGCUGCUUUAGCUUUUCUCUCCGCUGACGUGGACGGGCAGGUAUUGCAACCUGUUCAUUUUCAGCUGUUAGCCGCCCUGCUUCAGAACCAAGCCCAAGCAGCUGCCAUGCUUCCCCUGCCAUCUUUCAAUUUGACCAUCUCAGAUCUGUUGCAACAGCAAAAUAACCCUUUACCCUCAUUAACACAGAUGACAACCCCACCAGACCAUUUGCCAAGCAGUCAGUCAGACAGCAACAGAGCUGAGACCCUUUUAACCAACCCCUUGGGGAACCCUUUACCAAGCUUUUCAGGCAGUGACACUACUUCUAACCCCCUGCUCCUCCCUGCUGUCACUGGGGCCUCAGGAUUAAUGGCCUUGAAUCCCCAGCUGUUGGGAGGUGUCCUGAACUCGGCAUCGGGCAACACUGCUAAUCAUCCAGAGGUUUCCAUAGCAACCUCCUCCCAGGCAACCACUACCACAACCACUACAUCAUCAGCAGUGGCAGCACUGACUGUCUCAACACUUGGUGGGACAGCAGUGGUGUCAAUGGCAGAAACAUUGCUGAACAUAUCUAAUAAUGCUGGGAAUACACCUGGUCCAACUAAACUCAACAGUAAUUCUGUGGUGCCACAGCUACUUAACCCUCUACUGGGGACAGGUCUGCUUGGUGACAUGUCGUCAAUAAACAAUACUUUGAAUAACCAUCAACUGACUCAUCUACAGUCACUAUUAAACAGCAAUCAAAUGUUUCCUUCAAAUCAGCAACAGCAGCAACUUCUCCACGGGUACCAGAAUCUUCAAACGUUUCAAGGACAGCCCACAAUUCCUGGUCCAGGCAACAGCUCAAAUCCUAUGGCUUGUCUUUUUCAAAACUUUCAGGUGAGAAUGCAGGAAGAUGCAGCUCUCCUGAAUAAAAGAAUGAGCACUCAAAGUGGUCUGACAGCACUUCCUGAGAAUUCUAACACUACACUUCCUCCUUUCCAAGAUACAGCCUGUGAGUUGCAACAGAGGACUGAGCCAACACUGGGACAACAGGCAAAGGCUAGCCUCAAUGUGGCUAGUCAGGGUGAUGCUUCAGUAGAUGCAAUUUACAAAGCAGUUGUAGAUGCUGCAAGCAAAGGAAUGCAAGUUGUCAUCACCACUGCAGUCAGCAGUACAACUCAGAUGAGCCCAAUUCCAGCUCUGAGUGCCAUGAGUGCCUUCACUGCCUCAAUUGGUGACCCAUUAAAUCUCUCUAGUGCUGUCAGUGCAGUAAUUCAUGGAAGAAACAUUACUGGUGCAGAUCACGACAAUAGGCUAAGGAAUGUAAGAGGGGCUCGCCUCCCAAAAAAUCUGGAACAUGGGAAGAAUGCAAGCGAGGGAGAUGGAUUUGAGUAUUUCAAAUUGGCAGGUUGCAACACACCUAAAAAACUGUGGGAAGGAGAGCAGAGUCCUGGUGGAGAGAUAAACAGAUGGAAGUGUGAGGAAUUUUUAGAUCACUCAACCCAUAUCCACAGUAGUCCCUGUCAUGAAAGGCCCAAUAAUGUCUCCACACUGCCAUUACUUCCAGGAGAACAGCAUCCAAUUCUGUUACCACAAAGAAACUGUCAAGGGGAUAAAAUGUUGGAGGAAAAUUUCAGGUAUAACAACUACAAAAGAACUAUGAUGAGUUUUAAGGAGAGACUGGAGAACACUGUGGAAAGAUGUGCACAUAUUAAUGGAAACAGGCCCCAACAGAGCAGAGGGUUUGGAGAAUUGCUGAGUGCUUCAAAGCAAGACCUAGUCAUGGAGGAGCAAUCUCCAAGUUCGUCAAAUAGCCUGGAAAGUUCUCUAGUUAAAGACUAUAUCCAUUUUAAUGGAGAUUUUAAUGCCAAAAGCAUUAAUGGGUGUGUGCCUAGCCCUUCAGACGCUAAAAGCAUUAGUAGUGAAGAUGACCUAAGGAACCCAGAGUCCCCUUCUUCAAAUGAGUUAAUACAUUAUAGACCAAGGACGUUUAAUGUUGGUGACUUGGUCUGGGGCCAAAUCAAAGGACUAACUUCAUGGCCUGGCAAAUUAGUACGAGAAGAAGAAGUUCACAGUUCAUGUCAACAAAACACUGAGGAAGGGAAGGUGGAGCCCGAGAAGUUGAAGACACUAACAGAAGGUUUAGAAGCCUACAGUCGAGCCCGGAAGAGGAACAGAAAAAGUGGAAAGCUAAACAACCAUUUAGAAGCUGCUAUUCAUGAGGCCAUGAGCGAACUGGACAAAAUAUCUGGGAAUGUUCACCAAAUCCCACAGGGAGAUAGACAAGUGAAGCCUCCAAAACCCAAGAGGAGGAAGGUUUCCAGAUAACAUUGAAUGUCUCUGCUAAUGGUCCAGUAUUUAUCAAAAGGAACGUGCACAUCUAUCUGUCGAUAGGUAUUGGUAUAGCUGUGACUCUAUCAGUGUCUAGAGCAAGGCAGAUAGCUGUCACCACUACCGGGUGCUAAAUGAAACAGUGCUACCACUUUUUCCUGAUCAGGAAGGAUACUGAGUGCUGGAUAAGCUAAUGAAAAUCCUUGAAAGAUGACAAUAACAAGGCAUCAAGUGAUUACUGAAAACCUUUUUUCUAUAAUACUAAAAUUGUGAUUAUAAGAAAUAGUCCAAAUGUUUCUGAGAAAUUUUCAUUGUGUAUAUAGAUAAUACAGAAUUUCAUGGUGAUAUCUGAAUUGUAAAUACUGUACAAUAUUGUCAUGUACAAGCGUACCUGAUGCACACUUUAUCUUUUAUUGUACAAAAAAAAUAGUGUACAAAAUUCUUUGGUUUCUAUUGAGUACACAUACCAGAGACUACCAGUGUAAAGUGAUAAAUAAAAAUACAGCCUAAA